UAGCACGCUUCUUUAGAUCUUUGACCUUCCCCUAGGAUAUAAAUAAGAUCAUGCCUGGUAAAAGAAAAGACAACCAAUCUAUUCUAUCAUCAUGAAGACUUUAUUUAUCCUCGCCGUCGUUAUUGUUGCAGUGUAUGCCGAGACGUGCAGCAGGCUUGGUGACUGUACCACCACUACCUGUUCCGGUGGCGCUGAACUCCACUGUGUAGAUAGUCAGUGUACCUGUACUACCGCUGCCGGGGGCACAGGAGGUUGUACCGACAAUGGUGAUUGCCAUGGCAGAUGCCAUAAUGGAGGAAGACAUCACUGCAUAAAUGGACAUUGCAGAUGCAGCCACUAAAUGUCACACUUUCAAAUCAUUCAACAAUAAAAUAAUUAAUAAAAUCA